AUGGCUACAGGAAGAAGUUCAAUUAAAGUUCCAUGUGAAAACGAAGACUUACCUGACAAAGAAAAUGCACCAGAUUUUGACGAGGACACUUUACGAGGUGAGCAAGGUUCAACUUCGGCUUCAGUAAUUGUUAGAACAAUUUCUAAUGGAUCAGUUUCAAGAAUGCCAACAGAUGUGGAAAAGGAUAUAUACAGUGUAUGACCGCUUUAAAGGAUAUUUGGCCAGUCAUGACUCUCUUCUAUGAUUACAAUAUGCUGUUCAUUGAGAAGAUCUAUGACACAGAAACCUUUGUUAUUUUCUUUUCUAACAGUGCAGAGCAAUAACACAAAGUUAUAAUAAGUUAAGACUUUAUUUGAUCAUCAUAUAACAUCCAUUGUGUAAGUUUGCAUCAUAGGUACCACCAUCAUCAUCAUCAUCAUCUUUCUAUUUUAAUGAAACAUAAUCACUUUGAAACCUUCAACAUUCCCUCCUUUCUCCUCGAGCAACCCACAGGCAUUUGAUCUUCAUCCAAGCCAAAGAGGGUGGGGAUGGGGGGGAGGGGGUUUAACCCUGCCUGACUGGCGUUAGGGAAUUUGAAUAAAAACUGUCACAUCUAAUUUCCAGUAGAGUACAAGUGUUAAUCAUCAUUGAAUACGGAGGUGUUUAAGGCAGAUAGUGCACUUUCACUAACAAAUGUCUCAGAAGAAAUAAGGCCUCAAGGUCUAGGUUUUAAAGCUUGGUCAAUUAGUUUUUAAAGCUUGAUCAAUUAGUGGAAAGUGAAAUUGCUGAUUCUUUCGCCUUUUACAUAAGAUUGUGUGGGCAUUUGAACAUUUUAUUAAUUUUGCCCAGGGAAUAGGAAUUUUAGGAAACCUAUCUCCAAAAUCUCUCAUCUCCAAGGGUUUGCCUCAAGUUGAGUGAUGCUUAUAAUUCUCAUCAUCAUUCUUACCGAUGUUGUCACCUACAUUGUUAGCAUCAUCAUAACUAUUGAAAAUCUGCAGAUUUUCAAUCUCCAGAUCUUGGCAGCUCUGACUAUACACGAAUAAUUAUUAACUACGACCACAGACUUUGACACCCAUUUUUUAAUUUUUUUCGAAUUAUUUUAUUUUUUAUUUGCAGCCACAGCUGAUGUUUAUAGGAAUGAGGGUAAUGAGGCCUUCAAGAAAGGAGAUUUCAUCAAUGCUAUUCAUUUUUACACCAAAGGAAUUAAAAUCAACUGCAAUGACAAAGAACUGAGGGCCAAACUGCACAACAACAGGGCAAUUGCACAUUCUAAACUUGGUAAGAUGAUGAGAGCUUUAAUAUGCAUUUUUUUUUAUCUAUUUUGAAGCUAUUGAGUUGUCAAUAGUAGUUUUCUGAAAAAGGUGAUGAUUUUGAAUGCAUGCCUGGAAAAAUUUACAUCUUAUCUUGGCCUCUCAAACAUACAAAGAAGUAACCUCUUACCCCAGAUAUCAAUGAGCAUCACAAGUUUUUCCCAAAAUGAUAGUAAUGGUAGUUGGUUUGCAACAUGUAUGGCUAAUCAGAGAUAUUUAUUUCAAUAACAGGAAAUCACCAGGAUUCACUAAGGGAUGCAGAAGCAGCCAUUGAGUUAAAUCCAACUUUCCUUAAGGCAAUUGUGAGAGGUUAG